AUGUUAUUGGGACAUAGAGCCGCACAAGCCGUUGUUCGAUGCGUCAGAAGGCCCGUUUGUCGAGGGCUUGGCGUUGCUGGCAGGAGAGCGCAAGGCAUUCAUACGUAUGGGGGUCAAUUGCGCAGUCGGAGAUGGGCUGUUGGUGCUGGAUGCACUCUAGCAGCGUUAGCCGCAGUUUUGGCGAAGAGCGGGAGCGACGUGAUCGAUAAUGGGACUGUGAAGGACAUGUCGAAGAGGGCCGUCAAGCCGGAGGAGGUGAAAAAGCACAAUUCGGUAGACGAUUGCUGGGUGGUGAUCGACGGGUAUGUGUACGAUCUGAGCGACUUCAUUCCUUCUCAUCCUGGCGGACCGGCAGUGAUCCGUGAUAACGCUGGGAAGGAUGUUACGGCGAUCUUCGAACCAAUACAUGCGCCGGACGUGAUCGAGAAGUUCAUUGCGCCUAACAAGCGGCUGGGGCCGCUGGAGGGCGAGAUGCCCGACGAGCUCGUGUGUCCUCCGUUUGCACCUGGCGAGUCGAUUGCAGACCUUGCGGCGAAGCAGCAGUUGCGGGCACAACUGCCUUCGCUGGACCACAUUAGUAACUUGUACGACUUCGAGUAUUUGGCGUCGCAGAUCUUGUCCAACCAGGCUUGGGCUUACUACUCUUCGGGCGCAGAUGAUGAGAUCACAAUGAGGGAGAACCAUUCGGCGUACCACCGGAUCUUCUUCAAGCCUAGAGUGCUUGUGGAUGUGGAGCAUGUCGAUACCUCUACGGAAUUUCUUGGACAGAAAGUGGACCUGCCAUUCUAUGUGUCUGCCACGGCGCUAUGCAAGCUGGGGAACCCGAAGGAAGGCGAAAAGGACAUUGCUCGCGGUUGCGGCAUGGGGCCCAAGAAGGUGGUUCAAAUGAUCUCUACCCUGGCAUCCUGCUCUCUGCAGGAAAUCGUGGAAGCGGCUCCUUCCAAGGACCAAAUUCAAUGGUUCCAGCUCUAUGUGAACAGCGACAGGAAAGUCACUGACGAGCUGAUAGCGGAGGCGCAAAGGUUGGGACUCAAAGCACUUUUCAUUACCGUGGACGCACCUUCUCUUGGCAAUAGAGAAAAGGAUGCAAAGGUUAAGUUCUCUGCAGAGAAGUUAGGGCCCAAGGCGAUGGAGCAGAACAAGGAAGACAAGGAGAAGCCCAAAGAGGUCGCGGAAAGAGGUGCCUCAAGGGCGCUUUCAAAGUUUAUUGACCCGUCUCUUUCCUGGAAGGACAUUAUUGAGAUCAAAAAGAAGACAAAAUUGCCUAUUGUGAUCAAAGGCGUGCAGCGGUCGGAGGAUGUGUUGAAAGCUGCUGAGGUAGGCGUCGCAGGAGUGGUUCUUUCCAAUCACGGCGGAAGACAACUAGAUUUCGCCAGAUCGCCCGUCGAAGUUCUCGCAGAAGUGGCGCCAAUUCUCAGAGAAAAAAAGCUGGGCGAUUCUUUCGAGAUCUAUAUCGAUGGUGGUGUCCGCCGCGGUUCUGAUAUCUUAAAGGCACUUUGUCUGGGUGCUAAAGGUGUUGGUCUGGGAAGACCUUUCCUCUACGCCAACUCUACCUAUGGCAAGGAAGGUGUCCAGAAACUAAUCGAAACGUUAUCAUUUGAACUGGAAAUGGACAUGAGAUUGCUCGGUGUCAAUUCAAUCAAGGAGCUAAGCCCGGAUUUCCUUGAUCUCUCCGCAUUGAAAGCCAGAAGUGUUGAAGUUCCCCGCGAUUACUUGCAACAGCAGGCCUACCAGAAGGCUACUUUAGCAGAUUUUGAGACCUGA